AGAAUGAAUAAAUUAAACUGCAUUCGAAAUAUCUGAGCUCCAAUAAAAAUGAUCUAAAAAACGUACUCGAAAAAUUCGUGUAUUUGAAGUCAAAAUUUAUAAAAUCGAGUAAAAUAUUGUGUAUUUAAUCGCAAUUAUCCUUAUAAAUAACAUGAAAUAUAAAAUAUUAAUAGAGAAAUAGAUAAUUCGAAUAAAUCGAUGAGUGCACGCAUAUUUCAUUUCUCGCGGCAGUCAAAAUUUCAUGCCCAAGAAAUCGUCUAUAAAUAAACUCACCAACAAAACCAUCAACAAAAGGGGCCUUCUUCACCAUUUUUCUUUUACUAGAUUCAACAAUCCUUUUUGCCUUUUUUUUUAUCUGAAUCUGAAUCCGAAGCACUAAACGCAGAAAGCGAGAGAUCGCUGUUGCUACAGUUUAAUUUUUUUAAUAAAUUUAAUUCAGAAAAAAAUGAUGAUGGAGUUCAGCGCAGAAAACGGCGGCAGUAGAAAUGGCGGGAUGUGCAGAGCUGCGGAGGCGGCGGCGCCGUGGCAGCUGAGGGUGUCGUUUCGCGGCGAGAGCUACGUGGAGGCCGGCGGUGCUCUAUUCACGCCGCCGCUCAACUUCGCAAUGGUGGAUUAUGGUAUUUACAGGUCCGGCUUCCCCGACUCCGACAACUUCUCCUUCCUCGAAACCCUCAACCUCCGCUCCAUCAUAUAUUUGUGUCCGGAGCCGUACCCGGACGCCAACGUUGAGUUUCUCAAAUCAAAUGGGAUUCAGUUAUUUCAGUUUGGGAUUGAGGGAUGCAAAGAACCCUUUGUAAAUAUACCGGAAGACAAAAUCCGUGAAGCAUUGAAGGUAGCUAUAGAUGUCAAGAAUCAUCCUGUACUGAUUCAUUGCAAACGAGGAAAGCACCGAACUGGUUGCCUCGUCGGGUGCUUGAGAAAAUCACAGAGAUGGUGCCUGACUUCUGUGUUUGAUGAGUACCAGCGGUUUGCAGCAGCCAAAGCAAGGGUUUCGGAUCAGAGGUUUAUGGAGAUGUUCGAUGCGUCAGCCUUCAAGAACUCGCCCAAGUCAUUCUCAGUUUCCAAGAGGUAUAAGGAGUAUGCCUGAUAGAUUUUUUGUUUCAUCUGUUCAACUAGUGAAUAAACAUCGGUAUCAUAAUUUAUGGAGCACCAAGCACGACGUUUCCAAAGCCAAGUUUUCCCCUUCCUUCUCUAAGCUGAUCUGCAUCUGCACUGUAACGUAGAAACGAUUGUUUAGGACCUGUAAAACUUAGUCAGUCGCAAUCUAUCAGAUCAAGAAGGCUUCUCUUUCUCCAAAACGAAUGUACAAAUAGGAAUUCUUAGGCAGCUAUAACAAUCACUCCAUUGAAAGUAAAAGACAUAAAAAAUUGAAGACA